GAAGUUAUUGAUAAAAACUUCUUUCAUUCCUAAGUUAUUAGUUAUUGAUCCUUUGCCACUUCUGCUUGUCAAUUAAGGCGCCAUCUUCACGCUUCGUCCGUACUUAUUUUAGUAUCAUCACAAAUUAACUUACAGUACACUGAAAGGCAAUCCUCUCUCUCUAAAUAAAUGAGUUCAUCUACAACACCAUACAAUAUGAUCAACGUUCAGCACAUUCACCUAUUGUACUUCUGUCAUGUUUGUAAGAAGCAGUUCGACAAGAGAGCCAAUCUGAUGCGCCAUUACCGCACUGUUGAAGGUAACGAACUGAAUAUAAUUGUUCAAAUAACCAGAAUAUAACAUAAACAUUUUUUUAGGUUAUGAUCUGCCUAAAUUAGGUGGCCGUUUCUAUAGCACCCCGAGCAUCAAGUUCAUUUCAGCAGCUCAGAGAAAGUUAUU